UAAUUCACACCAACUUACAAUUUAACACACAACUCUCUCCUCUCUCUCUCUCUCCUCUCCUCUCUCCUGGCGCCCUUUACCAAACAAAGGCUUCAAUCAUCUCUACAAAAGGACAUCUGUAAUUCUCCUCUCUCUCUCUCCACCGUCUGAUCCCCGUAGUCAACUUCACAAUCAAACGUCUCAGUUGAAUAUUCUCAGGAGGGCAGCAGUAUUGUUUUCUUGAAAGAUUGUGAAGAUACAUUGCAGGUAAGAUAUGAAAUGUUGUUUGAUCAUGCCCUCGGCUAUGAUUUUGAUGACUUGCUAAUUGUUUCUCAAUUCUUUUCCUUGUUCAUCGGUGCUUUGUUGCUAAUCUGGGUUUUUUGGAACUAGUGGCUUGAGCUGACAAAUGCAGCAAAUUUCAUUUCUUUUCUUGCUUAGAUCUGCAGGUUCUGGUGACUUCAAAGAUGGAUUUACUAACAUUUUUUAGAGAGGCGAGGUUAGAUGCUUGAUAACAUCCAGGUUGUCAUCAGUAGGUCGGCCUAAGAUCUUUGGAGAUAAUUCCACUUAUCCAAACUUAAAUUGAAAGAUUAGAAGUUUGGCAAGUUUUCCUCUCUUAUUAGUUGUAUUUCACGAUUGCUGUUCACCAUACUAAGAUAAAUUUGUUUAUCUCUAUGCGAGGGUCUACAUCUCUGUAAUAUUACUCCAUAAAGACUAUGCUUGCAUCAUGCGAAACUGUGGCUCUGUAUUAAUCUUUUUGCCCCUAUUUUUCUGUUGUAGUUGUAACUCCCUUCCAGAGCCAUUUCCUUCUCAUUUUUUGUGCCUCUAGCUUUUUUGCUAUUAAAGUCAUUAUUCCCUAGAGAAUGGUGUCCUUUUUUAGUGUAAGUGAAAUCAUCUAAAACCAGAAUGAUGAUUUACCACCAUAAUUGUAUUGACAAAGAUGGAAAAUCAAUAAGCAUGAAGUACAAAUUUUAAUAUCAUAAAUUUAAAUGUUGAAGUGGUCUUAAAGCUCACCCAUUGACAAAAUCAAAUGGAUGUAGAAGAACUAGACAGCUUCGGAAGAGAAGGAAAGAAAAACUAAAAAUUCUAUAUAAAUUGGAAGAAAUUCUUGGACGUGUUAUGAAAUGAGAAGGCAUCAAGCUCCCAGAUCAGGAAAAUUUGUUUGGUAUUUAAAAUCUUGAAGUUUCAUCACAGGUAAAUUUGCUAAUCAUAUGAACGGAGUAAACAUUAGAAUUAUAACUGUCACAUACUAUACCAUCGAAUGUGAUGGAGAAGAUUAUAUUGGGAUUUUAACUGGAUUUUUGGACCUUGUUGCCACUCUGUUUACCUAUGCACUAAUUUACAAGAAGAAAAAUUAUAAAAAUAUUUACCAAUCAUGUUAUCAAUUGGGUUCUGCUUUUCUCAGCUUUGUUGCUCUGAAUUGAACUUUAACUUUAUCCUAGAUGUAUUUUUUUUUCCACUUGGAGGAUGGGAACAAAAUAUUCUUUGCAUUCAGCAGUCUUAUCAAAUAAAAAUAUCAAGGCAUCCUAGGGAGCAUGUACUAGAGGUUUUUCCGAAGAGGUUUUGGAGGAAAUAUUUUGUGCCUGCUUCUGUUGGAGAAGCUAUUUUUCCUAAUGCUUAACUAAGUGAAGUCAUCUCUUUCUUCUUUUCAGUCAAUCCUGUUCCUUUUAUUCCCUUAGUGUUUGAUAUUGCUGUAAUCAUUUGCUUCAGUGAGAGGAAGGCUUAAGUGAUGAAUGAGGACAUGAGUUCUGCAAUAGUUCCUCUUCUCAAAGGAAUUCAUGUAUAUUAACUUAUUUGGAAGUUUUCAUGCAGAAGGAUGGUGUUCUAAGUUUUAAAUAUUUUAGUUAAGUCUUUUGCUGUCGGAUUUAGGAUCUGGUGCAUGAAAGUGCUUUGUUACAUCUGAGUUAUCUGGUUUCAUACAUAAUUUUAUAUAUUCAUAAACUAAUUGAAGCUUCUUGCAGAUACUUUUUCAGUUUAUUUCUCUUUUACCAUUCCAAGGGCUCAAUGCAGAUGUAAUGGAGCUAAUAAAAUUGUACCAUCCUAUGGGUACAGGUGAGCAAGGAACUGGUCUCCAGAGGAUCUCUCUCUCUCUCCACAUUCCUUAAAGCAUUUCUGUUUUGCCAAACAAUCUUCAGUCUUGAAGCAUGCAUAAACUUUAUGCACCCUGUCUAUAGAGUCACUAAAUCUCUUAGCAUUUCUAUGAGGUUUAAGGUUUCCUAAGUAGAGCCUUUGAAAACAGCCGGAGCCCUUUGCCUCAGCUCUUCUUAUAUGUACUUCCAUGGGUUCUUUAAUUAAAAUCAUUAGUCACAGCCAACUAAAUUCUAAAAGAUUUCUGCAAUUUGGUAUAUAGGAAGUUUAUCUUUUAUUGUUAUAAGUAUUGAUCUAAAGUGCAAGUGGUAUUGCCUUGCAGGCACUUAUGGUCUCAUUGAUCACUUGAAGGGGAUUUUCAUUUUUGAAUUCCUGUAUUUCACAUAAAUUUCAUGAAUACAUGCAGCUGCAAUAACGUGCUAGAAAUGAAUCCUUGUCCUGGGAGAUCGAACUGUGGGGCCUCUUAGAUGUAUUACUCUGAUUUGAGGGUUAUAGUCUCGUUCACAUUGGGGAUAACUACAAAAUUGCCUUACGAUUCAAGGCCUGAAGAUUUUUCAAUGCUCCAAUUAAUCUUGUAUAGUGCAGUUUCAUCUGAAGGAUGUUGUGAGCUUAGAAUUAGUUUCUGUCCCAAAUACCACUAGUGUGGAUGGAGUGAGCAUUUUAGGUCACUACAUUGAAAAAUGAAAGGGCUCUUGGGAUUUUCUUGUGCAUUUGAGUGAUAGUAAUCUCACACCACUGAGGUUACUACCUUUCACAAUGUGAUGUUUAUUUAGAGUGGCUCGCCUUUUGAGGCUCUUACCAAAAAAAAGAGAUCAUCAAGUUCUUGUUCCUUAUGGUGAUAGUUUUGUAUUUGAAGAAGUGUCUGGCGGCAUGGUUGCGGAGACUUGCUUGAUGAAGAGGAGUAUUUCAUUGCAUAAUGGAAUUCUGAUGGUAGUACAGAAGAUAUAACUUGUCAGGAUUGGGAGAAUGAUGGUUGUUUCCUGGAUUUGAGAAAUCUCCAUUGAAAUGCUAAAGUGAGAGAAAAAAUGUGAAAUGAGUGGCUGGAGUCCCUCAUAGAUGUUUGGAAAAAUGAUUUUGUCUCAGUUAUCUGAAACAUUAUUUGAUUGCGGCGGCAUUUUGGGACACGUUGUGUUUCUGAGGGGAUGUUAUUCUAUGUGCUCCUUUAGAUGUUCUCUUCCCUUAUAUGGCUGAUGUGAUGCCCUUUGUCCAUAUCAAUAUGCUGUCAAGAUAUUACUUUGGUGCAUCUAGGUUGUUGCAGCCUUCACAUAAUUUUCCAAUCCAAAGCAAUUCAGUAGUAUUUCUUUAGCAAGCAGUAAAGGCUUUUCUUUUGAAGGGCGAAGUUUUACGUAUCUGUUUUUUAACUUCGACAAAUUUGCUAAUCUGCUACUAGGGAUGAAGACGUGGUACAUUGCCUGUAGAAUCCCUUAUCUACAGAGAGAGAGUCACAAUUGGACUUUGAGUAGUAGUUAUGUUAGCAUAUAAAGACAGGAUCUGGAUGUUGGUUCUUCCUCUAUUCUGAAUCCAGAGCUUAAAUUAUCUUCUGCUGUAAGGGGUCAUGGGACAUAGACAAAUGUUCAACCCUUCUCAAUUCUUCGAGAUGGAGCAGGAUUGGAGCCAUGGCCACCCAGCUGCUGGACAGUCCUAUGUUCAUAUGGGAAGGGCUGUUUCUCAAGAAAAUGGUUCCUUUUCUCAUCCUAUCAAUCCUCCUUCAAUAGAUGGACCCAGCUGUGCCUCUCGGCGGAACCUGGAAAACAGAGCUCUUGAGCAUUCCUCUACAUAUUUCAGGUCAGAAGGUCCGCAAGUUCACGCUCCCCUUUCUGCCCCCCGACAUGAUGUAUUCCCACACUGUCCAGCUGGUGGAAGCUUUUACCCUCCUCCAGAGCUCGAAGCUACCCAUGUUCAUUCUAAUCACCACAACAGGCAUGGUAUCCAUGAAGGUGAGGGUGGUCUCCUUGAUCAUACAAUGAGUGCUGGAAGAGGGCCAUUCAAAAGAAAAAGCCCUGGUGUUCCUACCUCGUGGGAAAGAGGUGGCACCAGCAGUAUGUACAGUGCAGGAAGUUCCUCCAAUUCUUUUGAACUUCACCAUGAGAAACCAACUUCAGAUUAUAGAAAUUACUUUUCAGAAUCCUCUGGUUUACCUCCCUAUAUGGGUAGCAGCCUGUCAAUUGGGGGUGAAGAUCCUCCAAGGAAUGUGAGAAGCAGAUCUAGACUUGAUUUGGAGCCCAACCCAAGGAGAACCCAUUCAUCAAGUUACACGUCCCAUCCUUUUUCUUCAACAUCUCAUCUCCGAAACCAUCCAGGGCCAGUGGAUGUUGCUAACUUAAAUGCUGACAGAACUGCUUAUGAGCAGAACCAAAUUGGUGUUCCACCUCCUGCACAUGGGAGGUUUCAUACUUCAGAAAAUAAUUCCUUGAGCCAUGAGAUGAAUCAGCAUUAUGCUGGAGGGAAUCCUACUGAUAUUCGUCGGUACAACCAUGAUUCCAUCUUAAGCAGAAAUCCCAUUGCACCACCACGACAUCUUCAUGGUUUUCAUGCCCAGGCUUCAAGGGAGGGUCAGAACAGUUAUUCUCGAAGAGCUAUACCUACACGUCGGGCUGAUAUAAACUCCUCUCAUCUCAGACAAGAAGCUGCUGCUGUCGAAAAUGGUCAGCAUUUUCUAUCAGAAACCCAUAGUUCCAGAUAUUCAAGACCACUUUUGUCUGGAGGUUGGCACAGCAAUCAUAGAGAAGGAAGGUCAAGGAUAUCAAUUGAGAGAUUCCAGUCUCUUUCAAAUGUGGUGGAUGUGCGUGAUAGAAUGGGAUCUGAGGCUCUUAUGAUGUUAGAUCACUCAUAUUUAUAUGGCUCCAGAAAUUUCCUUGAUCAAUACAGGGACAUGAGACUGGAUGUUGACAGCAUGAGUUAUGAGGAACUACUUGCUCUAGGAGAAAGGAUAGGGAUUGUCAACACAGGAUUGCCUGAAGAUGUGUUUUCAAAGUGCUUGGUGGAGACAAGAUGCCAUUCUUCAGACAAAGCCCAGGAAGAAACAUCCUGUGCCAUAUGCCUUGAAGAGUACAAGAGCAUGGAUAAAGUUGGAAUGAUAAGGAACUGUGGACAUGUUUAUCACGUCGACUGCAUCAAGAAGUGGUUGUCAAUGAAGAAUAUGUGCCCCAUCUGCAAAGCACCUGCUGUUGCUGAUGGUUCGAACAAGGAAUGAUUUGCUUUUACUUCCUCUAUUUGAUCUUGUUCACUUAAUCUUGUAUAUAAUAAUUUGGUGAUGGGAUUUGAUGACCAUUUAUAAAAAUUUAAUUUAAGCUCA